AUGACCACCAAAUAUUCGCAUAGUUUUUUAAAGCUUUUCAACUUUACGCGCAACUUUUCAAGAAUGUGUGGAGCCGAUUUGAUACGGGAGGACUACAAGAUGACAGCGCUAACAUGGUUUAUAAUUGCGGUGGUAAAUGGGGCCAUUGCUUUUACAUUCUACACCAUGUAUGUGGGAGUAGCUAUAAACCAUGAUUGGACGGAACUCUUGAAAUGCCUGUGUAUGUUUGGAACAGGUGUUCAGGGCUACGCAAAACUAGUUAACGGUCUACUCAGACCCGAAAUGGUACGUUUCAUUUAUCGAGAAAUUAUCGGCAUGUAUACGGUGUAUGAGCGAAAAACUGCAAACUAUCACAAAUUGCUAAAGGAGAGCAUAUCGUUGGUGAAAAAACUUAUUGUAAUUUUAUUAAUAUCCGUGAUAUUGGUGUCCAUGGCCAUAAUUGGCACACCCGCCAUCUAUAAAAUGAUGUUUAAUGAACGCAUCUUUAUAAUGCCCUUCUUUUUCCCCUACAUCGAUUAUAAAACCGAUUUUGGUUACUAUUUGACUUCACUGUUUCACAUAAUUUGUGUGAUUUUCGGAAUUUUUGGUAAUUUUGUCAGUGAUUCAUGGUGUUUUGCAUUCGCCGCUCAUAUACCGCUAUUAAAGAAUAUACUUCAGGCUAAAUUCCGCGAAUUGGAUGAACUGUUACAAGAAAAGGAAGACGCCAAAGAUUUCAAGCAAGUGGCCAUAAAGUUGUAUGAGAUUUUUAAAUGGCAUCAAAAAUAUCAAGUAUUUUGUAAUACAGUUAAGGAACUAUUUUUCUGGGUCAUUUUUGUACAAGUUGCCACAGAAUUUGUGAGUAUUGUCUGUACGAUUGUUUGCAUAUUUUUGGGCAUAUGGCCAGCAGCGCCCGUCUAUUUGGUCUACUCAUUCGUUUUGUUUUAUUUCCAUUGUGCUUUGGGUAAUUUAGUGGAAACUUCAAACGAUGAUGUUAUUUUAAUGAUCUAUGAUUGCUGCUGGUAUAAUUUGAGCGUGUCACAACAGAAAAUGCUUCUAAUCAUGUUGAGAGAAUCCCAGCAGGCUGAAGGUAUGUCCAUUGGUGGUAUUGCUCCCUUAUCAAUGAGUACUGCGUUGCAGUUGACGAAAACGUUUUAUACAUUUUCCAUGAUGUUGAGACAAUUUUUGAAUUAA